GGAGGAGGGGGAGGAGGGAAGAAGCAGCAGCAGCAGCAGCAGAAGAAGCCGGCGGGGCUUGGACGAGGCCCCGAGGGGUGCGGGAGUGACCUGGGGCCCGACCCCUGGCCGCAGGCACGCCCCAUGCCAGCGUCCCAGCCCGACGGGCAGCCCGGCCCCUGCCCGCCGGCCCUCGGCGCGGGCCCUGCCGCCGUGGCGGAGCGCAGCGAGACCCCGACCUGAGCCGGGCUCGGCGCCGCCACAGCGCGGGUGACAGCGCUCCGAGCAGCAUCCCCGGAGCAUGGAAGAGAAAAGAAUGCUGUGUGACUUCUUUGAAGAGGAGAACCUUACCAGUUCCAGGGAGGAGAGCACUGAAGGUGAUGUGAAGACAUUUUGGACACAAUUGGGAGGUAGAAGAGUGGAUGUCAUAUUUGAGCAGCUGCAAAAUGUGCUGUCCUUGCUGAAGGAAAAGAUCAAGAAUGGAACUGCAACAAACCAAGAAUGCUGGCAGGCUUGGGCACUGGUGAAUGAAGCUAAUCUAGGUGAUCUCUUAACCUUGGCAAAUGUAAGCGAUGAGUUGAAUGGAGAUGAUGCACAGGAAACAAAACCCAAACUGCAGCCUCUUCUUCCAGAUGACAAUGCUGCAGACACUGUAGAAGCUUCUGACAGCGAAAAAGAGGACAUGGAAAGAACCUCCUCAGGGAGUAAAGAAGCAUCUAGCGAAAUUCAAGGUUUACCUUUAAAUGUGCAGUAUCAGAACCACAAGUGCUCUAGUGCAUGUCUUGCCAACAGAGCAGUGGGUUCCUACAAGGGUGAAAAUCCUCUGAAGAUCCCAAUCCUGUUUGACUUCCAAAGACGCCAUGCAAAAGCAGACUGCCUUUCGAAGCCACUGGAUGUGAAUUACAAAGCUCCUUGUGGUCGGAGUCUGAGAAGCUUUCGAGAUGUGCGAAACUACUUGUUUGAAACAGAGUGCAAUUUCUUAUUUGUUGAUCACUUUUCCUUCAACACGUAUGUGCUGUUGGGCAGGAACACCAUGAAUCCCGAGCCUCUCGUGUAUGAGUUCGAUAUUAGCGACGGAGCCGAGUCUGUGCCCAUCUCCUUCUGUAACAAUCUUGACCACGCAAGAUUGCCUUAUUUCAAGUAUCGGAAGUCGUCGUGGCCCCGUGGAUAUUAUCUCAACAAUCUCUCCAGCCUGUUUGUUGAUUCCUGUGACUGCACAGAUGGCUGCAUUGAUAGGUCAAAAUGUGCGUGCCUACAGCUAACGGCAAGAGGCUGUAGUAAAAUUUCUCUGUCUCCAAGUGGUAAAAAAACUCGUGGGUACCGUUACAAGAGACUGGAGGGACCUGUUCCUAGCGGGAUUUAUGAGUGCAGUGUGUUGUGCAGGUGUGACAAGCUGAUGUGUCAGAACAGAGUUGUGCAGCAUGGCAUUCAAGUCAGGCUGCAAGUGUUCAACACGGAGAAGAAGGGCUGGGGUGUCCGCUGCCUGGAUGACAUCGACAAGGGGACAUUUGUUUGUACUUACUCAGGCAGAUUAAUGAGCAGAGCUGAAGUUUUGGGAGAUGCUGAGCAAGAGCUGAAGGAGAAAAGUGCAGUGAAUGAUAGAGGCCAUGACUUUUCUUCCAAAAAAAGAAAACUUGACCUUGAUCGUUCAGACUCAGUGAUUGAACUAGUGCAGACUGACAAAAAUGACAUUCUUGAGAAUCAGGAAUCUUUGUCUCAGACUGUGGAUAAUGCAAAUAAAUCAACUCUGGUUCAUCAAAAGAACUCAAGUAAUGCAACUGUGAGAAGGCCUGGAACCAGAACACUUGUUUUUCACAAUCACCAGCUAAAAAUGGUGCACAGUGCCAGCUCGGAUGAAGAUGACAGUUCUCAGAUUCGUCACUCAAGCAAAACAAAACUAACCAGUGGAACAAAGAAGGGAAAAGAAAAAUCCACCCAGGAACAGAAGGAAGAACAUCUGAUGGAAAUUGGACAGACUGACUCUGCUGGUGUAGAGAGCGCAGGAUGCAAAAUAAAGAAUCUGUCACUGCAGGGUGUUGAUUGUGGCAAGUCCAGUGUGCUGGGCGACACAUGUGUUGUGAGGCCAUCCAGCAAUGCACCCCUAAAAGCUGACUGCAAAGAAAAUAGCAGGCAGCCAAAACAAAAUGCACUUUCUGAGGAGUCUGAGGGUGAUGGGAUGCUUCCCAAGAACAGUAAUGAAGAAAAUAUUUAUGUACUGGAUGCCACAAAAGAAGGAAAUGUGGGUCGUUUUCUAAAUCAUAGCUGCUGCCCAAAUCUCUUUGCACAAAGUGUGUUUGUAGAAACUCACAACAGAAGUUUUCCAUGGGUGGCAUUCUUCACAAACAGGCAUGUGAAAGCUGGAACUGAACUCACCUGGGAUUAUGGUUAUGAAGCUGGAAGCAUGCCAGAGACAGAGAUUUCCUGCCACUGUGGAAGCUGCCUGAAACGAAGGCGUAGCCAGCGCGGGGUCGGCAUCUUCCCCCUGGCAACAAGUGACAGGCGGCUGCACCCGGGGAGGCUGGACAGUGGUUCUGUGAAGAGUGAGCACGGGGCUAGGGAGGCAUGCAGGAUAUCGCCUUUCCCACGGCGACAGCCCUCGGGGAAUGGCAGCCCGGCGGCGGUGCCCGGCCCGGCUAUGGACGCGCUACCGGCUCCGUGUCCCCGGCACGCCCGCGGCUGCUGCGCCCGCGCCUCCCUUAGCACUUUUCCUGCUCUAGGUGCUUUCUGGAUAAUGGCGAAGAUGGUGAGAACAACAUGUGCAUUUUGUUCAGAAGGGGAGGCUGGCUCUGUGAUGUAUAUCGCCACAGAGAGAAAUAUUGCAGCUCAUCAGGAUUGUCUGUUAUUUUCCUCAGGAUUUGUGGAAUCUGAAGAUCAUAACUCGGAAAAUCUGGAGAUAAGGUUUGAUGUGUCAUCAGUGUUAAAGGAGCUCAGGAGAGGAAAGCGGCUGGUGUGCAACUUCUGCCGCAAGAAGGGGGCCACGGUGGGCUGCGAGGAGCGCGCGUGCCGCAGGAGCUACCACUUCUUCUGCGCGCUCUGCGAUGACGCAGCCGUGGAGACCGACGAGGUCAACGGCGUCUACAGAGUGUUCUGCCCAAAACAUGACCCAGGGAAUAGGACCAAUCACUAUGGUGCAGCUAAUAAGAAAAGAAGACGUACAUUGACGUCUCCCACCAUCACAGAAGAAAUGAGUACAGAAGAGACAGCAGAAGAAAACAGUUUACGAAUACGAAAAAGAAAAAACAAUAGGCAUAAAGUUCGGAUAGAAUUUGUUAGAAAGUGCAAACAAGCUGGGCUUCUGGAUGACAUAUUUGAGGAAAUGCUGGACACACUUCACCUGGCUCAGGAAAAACUGAUGGAUGACAACACUUCAGAAACAGAGUAUGAAGAGACAGUGAUGGCACUGUUUGACUGUGGACUGUUUGAAAAUAUACUGACAAAUAUUUAUUCAGGAACAGAAGAAAAAAUCCAGAAACUGCUGGAAAACAGAAAAAGACUGGAUCACAAGAUUGAGCUACUGCAGGACUUAAAAGAAGUCAUCCUUCCUACCACAGAGAACAUGGCCAGUACAUCCAGUACAGUGUCUGAAUAACCCCUCUCUGUGAUGGUGCAAUUGUUAGGAUUUUCUAAUGGUAAAAACCAUAGACCAGUCUGGUCAGUGCCCAAUUCCUCAGCCCCAAGAUGAGGGCUGAAUGGGUGCAAGAAUGUGGUGUUAUACUCAUUUUUAUACCUCACUGUUGCAAUAAUUUAAAGUCCUUCAAGUUUUCAAAUUUUCCUCUGCUUCCACUAUAAAUUUCCAUUUAUAUUGCACAACGGAAUAUAAAUGAGUGUUAUUAACUAAACUUAGCUUUUGCAAAAACUCAAAGAACCUUCCAGGGAAGACUUUUUUCUUAAAGCCAAGGGAGCGUUCAGCUGCCACAGAACACUUGCUAAAUUGUGUUUUAAAUUUGUUCCCACUUAAACUGUGGGAGCCCUCUCCUGGCUGGGCAGUCACUGCUGUCUGUGUCUAGACAGUGAUGUUUGAAGGAUCACGGUGCUGCUUUGGCUUUCCCAAAAACGAUAAAUGAGCAGAACUUGCACUCAAAGCCUUCUAGGUUACAAUCAGGAGUUUAAUUUAAAAAGCCAAAUUAUUCUUUACUGACUGGUCAAGGUGUACUGUUUCUGCUGUAAUGGCAGCGGUAAAGCAGUGUUUGCAGGCAGACCAAAGGGUUGGGCAUUAUACUCAGAACAAGUACAAUGUCAAAUGGAGCAAAACAGUGUCUGGAUCUUCCUUUCUCCAUUAAGAAAGGGUUCAAUUUUCAUUUGUUUUGUCUUUAAAAUAUUGUUUGAAUACAGAAAAGCAUUGUUUAGCCACAACGGGCUAAGUUAAUAAAAUAAAAGGUUUUUUUAAA